UGCCUCCUAUCAACCAAACGUCCAAACCCAAAUCAUCCACAACAAUGAUUCAUCAUGCACAUGUGAUUAAUUGUGUGUGGUAGGAGAAAGAAGAACAAAGAAAAAAAAUCCAGCAUUGGAAUUGAAAGCUUAACCGCAACCACUCCAUUGGUGCUUCUGAUUCAUAUGAACCACAAACCACUCUUCUCAGCCUCUACCUCUUAUCUCCAAAACCCAUCUUCUUCUUCCUCCAAACUUCUCUACCACCGCCAUGCCUCACCUACUCACAGGCACACAUCCUUACUUACCUCCACCUCCAACCCCUCAGCAUCGACAUAACCGCAUCAAGCCUCUAAUCGUAGCUUACUCCAGCAACCGUUUCAAUUUCGCAGCAAAUCGAAUCACUCUAUCCUACUCCAACCGCAUUCUCUUACCUUCUCCGUUAAAGUCGGCGUCCAUCAACGAAGUCUCCGUCCAGAACAAUCCAGAAGCUUCCAGUAUUUCUGAUGAAAUUCUCGGCAGAAUACGAGAAUUGGUUAAGUUCCUUCCUUCAAUUUUCCCGGGAGGAACCUGGUGGAACUUCUCCGAUGAGGUGGAUGGUUCAAUAUUCGGUCAACCGGUUACCGUGUGGUACGCUUUGGGUAAAAUGUGGAACCUUGUUGCUCGUGAUAGAUGGGUCAUUUUCGCUGCUUUCUCUGCACUUAUCAUUGCAGCAGUUUCGGAGAUUUCUAUACCACAUUUCUUGACAGCUUCAAUAUUCUCAGCACAGGGUGGGGAUAUUACAGUUUUUCAUCGGAAUGUGCGGUUGUUGAUUCUCUUGUGUGGUAUUUCUGGAAUAUGCAGUGGGAUUCGAGGUUGCUUUUUUGGCAUUGCGAACAUGAUUCUGGUUAAGAGAAUGAGAGAAACAUUAUACUCUUCCCUCCUUCUUCAGGAUAUAUCGUUUUUUGACAAUGAAACAGUAGGAGAUUUGACAAGUAGACUUGGGGCAGAUUGUCAGCAAGUUUCAAGGGUUAUUGGAAAUGAUCUUAACUUGAUAUUGCGCAAUGUCCUUCAGGGAGGAGGUUCAUUAAUCUACUUGUUGGUUUUGUCUUGGCCACUUGGUUUAUGUACGUUGGUGAUAUGCUCCAUAUUGGCAGCGGUCAUGUUACGUUAUGGAAGGUACCAGAAGAAGGCAGCACGGUUGAUCCAAGAAGUCACUGCUUCUGCUAAUAAUGUAGCUCAAGAGACAUUCUCUCUUAUUAGAACUGUUCGAGUUUAUGGAACAGAAGAAGAAGAACAGGGGAGGUACAAAUUGUGGCUGGAAAAAUUAGCUGACAUAAGCUUGCGCCAAAGUGCUGCAUAUGGAUUUUGGAAUUUUAACUUCAACACUCUUUAUCACUCAACUCAGGUUAUUGCCGUGCUAUUUGGAGGAAUGUCUAUCCUAGCGGGUCAUAUUACAGCAGAGAAACUUACUAAGUUUAUACUAUACAGUGAAUGGUUAAUUUAUUCAACCUGGUGGGUGGGCGACAAUAUAUCCAAUUUGAUGCAGUCAGUUGGAGCUAGUGAGAAAGUGUUCAAUUUAAUGGAUCUCUCGCCUAGCAGCCAAUUUAUCACAGAAGGAAUGAGGUUGCAAAGUUUAACGGGGCAUUUGGAGUUUGUAAAUGUAUCUUUUCACUAUCCUUCGAGGCCAACGGUUUCUGUAGUGCAACAUGUAAGCUUUGUUGUCAAUCCUAGCGAGGUGGUUGCCAUUGUCGGUCUUAGUGGCAGCGGAAAAAGCACAUUGGUGAAUCUUUUGCUCCGUCUCUAUGAGCCUACAAGUGGUCAGAUUUUGAUAGAUGGUGUCCCUCAUAAAGACUUGGAUGUCAUGUGGUGGAGAGAGAGAAUCGGAUAUGUGGGACAGGAACCGAAGCUAUUCCGGAUGGAUAUUAGCUCAAACAUCAGAUAUGGAUGUACCCGAGAUGUAAAGCAGGAGGAUAUUGAGUGGGCUGCGAAGCAGGCCUAUGCUCAUGACUUUAUCUCGGCACUUCCUAAUGGUUAUGAAACACUUGUUGAUGAUGAUCUUUUAAGUGGUGGACAAAAGCAGCGAAUUGCUAUUGCUAGGGCUAUUCUUAGGGACCCAAAAAUAUUGAUCCUUGAUGAAGCCACUAGUGCAUUGGAUGCUGAAAGUGAACAUAAUGUGAAGGGUGUUCUUCGAUCUGUUAGAAGUGAUUCUGCAUCAAGGAGAAGUGUCAUAGUCAUUGCACACAGGCUUUCUACCAUACAAGCUGCUGACAGGAUUGUGGUUAUGGAUAGGGGUCAAAUUGUUGAGAAUGGAAGUCACAGGGAACUUCUCUUGAAAGACGGUUUAUAUGCUCGGUUAACUAGAAAACAGGCUGAUUCCAUGGAGUGAUCUUUGUUUCCAUAGCAGAUAUUCAAGUGGGUCACACAACAAUUUUUUUAUUGCUGACCCAUGUAUUCAUAUUAUUAUACGAAAAGUUUGAUAAAAGUUCAGCAAAGAAUGAAGCUGCAUGAAUUUUGGUUCAAAAUGCACAGGGAGGAUAUCACACCAACAAGUUCUCAUUUCAGGCAGAUGCAAAAGCACAAAACUUGUGGUAAGGUUUUGACAAGGGAAACAAUAUUCAUUAAAGUAAAUGUUCGUCCGGCCUCACAAUUUUUGUGCGUGUGGCAACUUUCACCUGUAACUGUAAGAAAAUAUAUGUUUGGUCAAUUGGAGGGGGUAUUCAUAGUCAAAAUGCUAAUACUUGUCAUUCUAGUAGAGUGACCAAUAUAGUCUGUUUCGUAAUAUUAGGUGUAAAUGUAGUGUUUUAUGCUCAAACUAUAUUGAAUUGAAAGAAAUACCACUUGCCCAUGAUUGAGACUCUUCA